GUCUUUUGACUCAGAUGGAUCAUCAGGUGGCCGUUCAUCUAUUGUGCUCGCAGCCUGAUCAAACUGGUCCCAGAUCAGCCGGGGGUCGGGUUUCAGCACCGCGGUCAGCUCCGAGCCCAGCCUCUUCCUGUCCCCAGGCGGCGGAGCACCAACACAGUUUCCCCCUGUUGUCCCUCCUGGCAACCCCUCCCCCUUAACAUCGGCUCUCGUGAUAAACCCCUCCUAUGUGUCACUGCUUCACGUGAAAGGUUUGGAAAUCACGCAACCAACCAGACUCUACAACACUUUCCUUUUUUUUCUGGCUGCGACUGAGUCGUCUGACGGCAGCUUUUCUUCUUCUUCAGAGCUGCUCGUCAGUCCGGUUUUGCGUCUCCACAGCUGCUUCCCCCCGGUCUCUCCCUCUGUGGCUGGCUCUGAAGCUGAUCGGCAUCUUUUUCUACUUUUGCAGUUUUACCUUUGCAGCAGCAGGUAGCCGUUAUUCUCCACCCAAGCCUCGGCCAGCAUGUUGGACCCGUCUUCGAGCGAAGAGGAAGGGGAUGAGAUAGUGGAGGUGGAGCGCAAAGAGGUGACGGCCCCGAAGAGCCUCGGAGGAGCCCGGUUGUCACCGGGUCGAUCCUCCGACGGUGGGCUCCAGCCCCGGGGCCGAGGGAGCGGUGGCGGCGGCGGCGGCGGCGGCCGACCCUCCAGCCCCAGCCCGUCGGUGGGCAGCGACAAGGAGAAGGAGGACCUGGAGAAGAUGCAGAGAGAGGAGGAGGAGAGGAAGAAGAGACUCCAGCUGUAUGUGUUUGUGAUGCGCUGUAUCGCCUAUCCGUUCAACGCAAAGCAACCUACUGACAUGGCGAGGAGGCAGCAGAAGAUCAGUAAGCAGCAUCUGCAGACGGUCAAAGAGCGUUUCCAGGCGUUCCUCAACGGAGAGACCCAGAUCGUUGCUGAUGAGGCCUUCAUCAAUGCUGUCCAGAGCUACUACGAGGUCUUCCUGAAAAGUGACCGCGUGUCUCGGAUGGUGCAGAGCGGCGGCUGCUCGGCCAGCGACUCUCGGGAGGUUUUUAAGAAGCACAUAGAGAAGCGGGUGCGCAGUCUGCCUGAGAUCGACGGCCUGAGCAAAGAGACAGUGCUGAGCUCCUGGAUCGCCAAGUUCGACACCAUCUACCGAGGUGAGGAGGACCCCAGAAAGCACCAGCAGAGAAUGACGGCCAGCGCCGCCUCCGAGCUCAUCCUCAGCAAGGACCAGCUGUACGAGAUGUUCCAGCAGAUCCUGGGCAUCAAGAAGUUUGAGCACCAGCUCCUCUAUAAUGCUUGCCAGCUGGACAACCCUGAUGAGCAGGCAGCACAGAUCAGAAGAGAGCUGGACGGACGACUGCAAAUGGCAGACCAGAUAGCUCGGCAUGGUGGAAGGUUCCCCAGGUUUGCCUCCAGAGAGAUGGAGGCCAUGUUCAUCGAGGAGCUGCGGUCCUCGGUCAACCUGCUGAUGGCCAACCUGGAGAGCAUGCCAGUGUCCAAGGGAGGAGAGUUCAAGCUGCAGAAGCUGAAGCGAGGUCACAACGCCUCCAUCAUGGACAUGGGCCAGGAGGACGAGAACACGCUGUCCAAGUCUGACGUGGUGCUGUCCUUCACCCUGGAGGUGGUCAUCAUGGAGGUCCAGGGUCUGAGGUCAUUGGCUCCAAACAGGAUUGUUUACUGCACCAUGGAGGUGGAGGGAGGACACAAGCUGCAGACAGACCAGGCUGAGGCCUCGAAACCCACUUGGGGUACCCAGGGUGACUUCACCACCACCCAGCCGCUCCCUGCUGUGAAGGUGAAGCUGUUCACUGAGAGCACAGGAGUGUUGGCUCUGGAAGAUAAGGAGCUAGGGAAGGUUGUGCUCCACCCGACUCCCAACAGUCCCAAGCAGUCUGAGCUCCACAAGAUGACGGUGUCCAAAGGCUGUCCAGACAAUGACCUCAGGAUCAAACUGGCCAUUCGCAUGGACAAACCACAGAACAUGAAGCAUUGUGGGUACCUCUGGACCAUUGGCAAGAAUGUGUGGAAGAGAUGGAAGAAAAGGUUCUUUGUGCUGGUUCAGGUGAGUCAGUACACCUUUGCAAUGUGCAGCUACAGAGAGAAGAAGGCCGAGCCGGUGGAGCUCCUCCAGCUGGACGGCUACACGGUGGACUACACUGACCCCCAGCCAGGUCUAGACGGCGGCCGGACUUUCUUCAACGCCGUGAAAGAGGGCGACACCGUGAUAUUCGCCAGCGACGACGAGCAGGACCGGAUCCUUUGGGUGCAGGCCAUGUACCGAGCCACGGGUCAGUCACACAAGCCAGUUCCUCCCACCCAGGUCCAGAAACUCAACUCAAAGGGGGGCACAGCACCGCAGCUCGACGCACCCAUAUCUCAGUUCUAUGCUGACCGAGCCCAGAAGCACGGCAUGGACGAGUUUAUUUCAGCCAACCCCUGUAACUUUGACCACGGCUCGCUGUUUGAGCUGGUACAGCGCCUCACCUUGGACCACAGACUCAACGACUCCUACUCCUGCCUAGGCUGGUUCAGUCCCGGUCAGGUGUUUGUCUUAGAUGAGUACUGCGCUCGCUACGGCGUUCGAGGCUGCCAUCGGCAUUUAUGUUACCUGAGCGAUCUGCUGGAGAGGGCGGAGAACGGAGCCAUGAUCGACCCCACCCUGCUGCACUACAGCUUCGCCUUCUGUGCCUCCCAUGUCCAUGGAAACAGGCCUGAUGGUAUUGGCACGGUAACCGUGGAAGAGAAGGAGCACUUUGAGGAGAUCAAGGAGAGGCUACGGGUGCUUCUGGAGAACCAGAUUACACACUUCAGGUACUGCUUUCCAUUUGGACGGCCAGAGGGAGCGCUAAAAGCAACUUUGUCGUUGCUUGAGAGGGUCCUGAUGAAAGAUAUUGUUACUUCGGUUCCACAAGAGGAAGUCAAGGCUGUGAUCCGUAAGUGUCUGGAGCAGGCAGCUCUGGUCAACUACCAACGCCUGUCGGAGUACGCCAAACUGGAAGGGAAAAAGAGAGAGAUGUAUGAGCAUCCUGUCUUCUGCUUGGCGUCUCAAGUGAUGGAUUUAACCAUUCAGAAUGUAGGGCGGUUAGUCACCCCUGCUAAAAAACUGGAGGACAAUAUUCGCCUGGCCGAGCUGGUGAUUGAGGUGCUUCAGCAAAAUGAGGAACACCAUGCUGAGGCGUUUGCGUGGUGGUCAGACCUUAUGGUGGAGCAUGCCGAGACCUUCCUGUGUCUGUACUCGGCCGACAUGGACGCAGCUCUUGAGGUUCAGCCGCCCGACAGCUGGGACAGUUUCCCCCUCUUCCAGCUGCUCAAUGACUUCCUGAGAAUGGACUAUAACCUGUGCAAUGGGAAGUUCCACAGACACCUGCAGGACCUGUACGCCCCCCUGGUGGUGCGAUAUGUGGACCUGAUGGAGUCCUCCAUUGCUCAGUCCAUUCACAGAGGCUUCGAAAGGGAAUCCUGGGAACCUGUCAAGAGUAGAACAAGCACUCUGCCCAAUGUCAACCGCCAAAUGCCCAAAGUACCAAAUCUAACAGUGCCAAGUGUUAACCUCCCACAAAUGCCCAGCUUCUCUGCACCCAACUGGAUGACAGCUAAUUGUGACUCAGAUAAUGGCUCUGGGACUUCAGAGGAUCUCUUCUGGAAGCUGGAUGCUCUGCAGACCUUCAUCAGAGAUCUCCACUGGCCAGAGGAGGAGUUUGGCAAACACCUGGAGACCCGACUGAAGCUGAUGUCCAGUGACAUGAUCGAAUCAUGUGUAAAGCGGACACGGGCAGCGUUUGAGGCCAAGCUUCAGAAGAGCAGCCGGGCCACAGACUUCCGCGUGCCACAGUCCAUCUGCACCAUGUUCAACGUCAUGGUGGAUGCCAAGGCCCAGUCAGCCAAGCUGUGUGCUGUAGACCUGGGGCAGGAGAGACAAUACCAUUCACAGAUCGAUGAUCUAAUUGAAGAGACGGUGAAGGAGAUGAUAACGCUGCUAGUAGCUAAGUUUGUGGUCAUCCUAGAAAGUGUGUUAGCCAAGCUCUCCAGAUACGAUGAGGGAACACUCUUCUCCUCCUUCCUCUCCUUCACAGUGAAAGCUGCCUCCAAGUAUGUGGAUGUACCUAAGCCAGGGAUGGACGUUGCAGACGGUUACGUGACAUUUGUCCGUCACUCCCAGGACAUGCUGCGGGAGAAGGUCAACGAGGAGGUGUACAUCGAGAGAUUAUUUGAUCAAUGGUACACCAGCACUAUGAACCUCCUAGGAACAUGGCUGACAGAUCGAAUGGACUUGCAGCUCCACCUUUAUCAGCUGAAGAUUCUCAUCAGGGUUGUGAAGAAAAAGUACCGUGACUUCCGCCUUCAAGGGGUUCUGGACUCUACGUUGAACAGUAAGAUGUAUGAGACGGUGAGAAACCGGCUGACGUUGGAAGAAGCCACAGCCUCAGUGAGGGAAGGAGGGAUGCAAGGCAUUUCCAUGAGGGACAGUGAUGAAGAUGACGAUAACUAGAUCAAAGGGCCUGAGAGCUACAAGAAUGUCGAAGCGGUACACUGCCUGAGAACCCAUGCAGCCUUUCUGAGAGGUCAACACAGAUUGGCCUAACAUUCCACUUUAUCCCUCCAUUAUCUGCUGUUUCACUUCUUCACUCCUGUUAUUGCUCCACAUUUCUGUCUGAAUUGAUACAAGAAGGAUAUGCAUUGUGUGCCUGUUAACACUUUCAAUACACAAGUGUGUCCUAUCUAUGCUAUACAAAUAGAGAAUCCCCAUGUAGACCCAUCGCCCAUCGCCCAUCGCACACUAAAACAUCAACAAAUGAGUUUCUAGAACGGCCAAAACGUGACAGGAGUGCAAGCAUGUGAUUGUGUUAAAUAAAUGAAGAUGUUAAAGACAGGCAGGAGAUCACGUACAUAUGGAGAUCUUUUCAAGGCAUGAGAAUCCAUUGUGGGAGUUCGGGCGCUUUCCUGUUACACACACAAAGCACCCUCUUUGCUUAUGAAAUUUAUGAAUCGCUCAAAUAAUCCAGGAGAUUCCAAGUCAAAUUGUGACAUUGAUACAGAUGUCUGAAGUCUGCCAACAAAUGCAUGAUGAACAUUUCCCUGUUGAAGUCAUAUUGUGAUUGAUCCAAAUGGUACUAAAACCCAUGGUUACAAACAGAGUUAAAACAUUCAUAAGAUAUUUCCAAAAUGACCCCAGAAUGUUCUCAAGCAAUAUGGCUGACUUGUUUGUCCUCAACUCAACUGAGCAAGGCUAUAUAUGUCUUUGUGUUAUGCUAAAUGUGAAGUCACUGGUUGUAAAAGGUGUGAAUAUGCUCUCAUGUUACUUCUUUUGGUAAUGGGUUUGCAUCAUGUCUCAACCAUAAAAGCUAAACAGAAUGUUUAAAAUGAUGUGCUGUGACAGUCACGGUUUCUGUAUCGGCCAUGUUUCUCUAACAGUCACACACAGCAACUGUUGGACAGCAGAUGAAAUCCAAUCGUCAACAAUUUAGUCAUUUUAGUGAAAUAGUGACAAAAGUGAGAACAUCAUUCAGCCAAUAUUUACAUCUCAAGGAAGCGUUAUGUCAUUUUAAGAAGUCCCAUUCUUUGCCCUCCAACCUGGUGUCGUAUGAGGAGAUCGUAGGGAUUGGUCAUCUCUCAGCAUUAACCUCUUUGAAUUAGCCUAACACAGUCUGAAUAGGUCUAGGUGUUAGCAUGUGUGGAGCAUAGUUUCACCCAGAAAGCUUUGUCAGUCUAUCAGUAGUUCAUCUCUCUGAACAGAUGAAUGCAGAAUCUGUCGGCCACAGGACUAGAUUUUGGUAUUGGAAGCAUUCUGAUUUGCGUUUGCAGUCCAAUAGUGUUGACCAAUCACAUUGGAGCAGGCUGUGGUUGAAUGAAGGUAAACCGUGUGUGGAGAGCAAAAGAGGCAGAAUGCAUUGGCUGAAAAGCAAUGUGCGAACCCAUAGACUAUUGUCUGAUGAUGGGUUAGCUUUCUAUUGGUUGAAUACUCGCCUGUAAAUACUUGUGAAGCUAUCUGGUUGUAGUCGUCUCUCGAUUAGGGCCUCAAGUUUCUGUUAAUGGGACUGUAAGCAAACGUAAGAGGAGAUCUUGGCGCAGAUAUCGGCUGGCUGCACCAGAACCCUAACGUACUGAGCUGUCUUUGUUACUGCUCUUGAUCUUCUGCUCUGAUUUACAUCACAGGGAUUCUUCAAAAGUUGAUAUGCAGUAUCGAGGUAGUGCAACAGCAGCUAACACUCUGACGGGAUGCAACAGAGUCGGUCUGCCAGCCCUCCAACACCUGACACCCAAGACUCACCUAAAUAGUUUUAGCUAAAUACACUCAGUUGUCAGGCCAUGAGUUCAGUAAGUAAAACGACAAGUCAUCCUCUGGAGAGCAGAAUUACCCGAAGCUAAUAUCACAGCAAAUCUCUUUGAUCAGUCCAAAGUGUGGGGCAGAUGGAUGACUGACUGACAGUUAUGGUCAUCCCUAGCAGAGCAAACCUGGUCUUUAUUCAACAAAACACUAACGUAAUUAAGCCGACUAUGUCAAUAACAUCUGGUUAAUUAUCACACAAGUAAGAAAUCGGUUUGAAACAAUGAGCUACAUGCUCAUAUUAACCUGUAGGUACAUCAAGAUGACUUGCAUAAUGUGUGAAACUGUGCACACUACAUCAAGUGAAGGCAUAGAUUUAUGAAAAAGUGAAAAAUGGAUAAAGUAUGUAUGGGAAAUGAUCUUUGGAUUUUGAAUCAACGAGGAUACAAUACCAUCUAAUGGCUUCAAUAAGAUCACUGAUGGCCUCCGACUAUACAUAUUACUCUACUACCACUUGUGUAAAUGCCACUGGUUCUUCCAUUAGAGAGUGAGGAAGCUGUAUGGAUCCUUGAUAAUGUGUUACUAACUGCCUACAUAUGAAUCUAUCGGUGGCAAUGCAGGCUGCAUCUUGUUGAAUAAACUGUUUGUGGUCUCACUUCUGAAAAUGUUAGUACUUUGAUUUACACAUCAAUCUGAAACCUCUGACAUUUCCAUGUCUUUCUUUUCUUUAAUAGAUAUAGAUUAGCACAAUAGCACUCUGACAGAUCGUUUUCAACCUUUUUUUCACAUUUCUAUUUGAAGCAAAUGCUCUAUUUUAGUCAAAUAUCAGUUGAAUAAUAGUUUAUUUUCCAUCUGUUCUUAUAUGUGCCCUGCACUUCACUCCAGGAUGUACGAUGGGGCUGAUUCACAAUGGAUGCUGGGAAGUGAAGUGUGCCGUGCUUUCCCUUCUAUACUGUACACCUAGAGCUGUGCGUCGCCCUGUGUGUACUGCAUGUCCCCAGUAUUCACUCCCCGAAGUGUUUUUGCUCCAUCUGUGAUGUUACUGGUGGGUUCAUCAUGCUUCUGCCUUCUAGGAGAGCCCACCAAGGCCAAGAACAUUUAAAUAAAGGGGAAUGGCAAACGUGGACAGACUGUGUCACCUAAUUCAUUGUUGUUGCAGGGAAUUGAUUGAAACUGAUUUAAUGUGAAAUCAGCUGAAACCUUCCGGAACAUUUGCUCAGAAACAGGUCUAAAGCCUUUGGUUUUGUUAUAGAAAGAUAAUACAUUUAGUUUCAACUAUUGUCAGUUACUUGCACUAUUUUGCACAACGAGCUAACCCCUGAGAGUGGACAAGGAGGUUGUGAAGGCAGACUGCAAGAAAAAUACA